GACACGUACUGCGGAGCAGUUCUUGAAACCUCCACAGGUUCUGGGAUAUUUUCAACAAUUGGGGGGCUCAUUGAAGUCGACGGUAAUAUAUACGCCAUGACGACAUCUCAUCAUCCUGACAAAUAUGAGCCAACGAUAGAGGAAAAUUUAAAGAGCCUUUUGGAAAGCCAAGCAGAUACUCUUGCGGAGUCUGACUUUCCGGACGAUUUGGAACCUGCGUUUGUGUUGACUUUUGAUCAAGAGGAUUACUCGGCUUUGUCAGAAACCUCAACUGGAACAAGGAAAGAUUACUUCUAGACCGACGCCUGGAAGAGAUUGUCGCGUACAGGGAACGGAGCUUCCCGGGCCACCGAUAUUUGACGAUUAUUGAAGGGGACGACUGGAAGUUGAUACCCAUGGACCACCGCCGACAAUUGCCGAACAUAUUCCUUCCCUACCCCGGGGGAAAAAGGUAUAUAAUCAAUGUGUGUGAGUCGCCGUCCGGAUGCACUGUUGCCGUCGUUUCCGGAGUCACGGGUCCACAGUUCGGGACCAUGUCCUUGGGUCCAUCGUUCCUCGUUGGAGAUGGCCUCGUGCAAGAGAUCUGGACUACGUACAUGAGCAACAGCAGCCCUGGUCUCCGUUCAGGCGAUUCAGGAUCCUGGGUUCUGGACCUGGAGGACCCGAAUGACCCAAAAGUUGUUGGCCAAGUUAUAGCUUGCUCUCAAGGGAGGGCACACGUCAGCUUGCUGACUAGAGACUUCGCAAAUAUCAGUGCAGCUCUUCCGAAGCCUGGUCGAGUCGGGCUGCCUUCUCCACUGGUGGCUCUUCUCGCCCAUUCAAAUUAUCUCAAACGCUCGAACUUCUCGAGGGAGCAGUAUCCCAUCGCAGAGGCCCUGUCGGUCGACUUUCUAUCAAGAUUUCCUAGCGAUCCCUUUGCUACAGCUCUGAGCGACAUUGUGAAGGAAUUUUCCGGUGCUACAAGAGUUCAAGACCUCCGUUCAUUUUCGGAGCUUCUGUCGGAAUGCGGGAGGUCAAUUUUUGACGACCCCAGUCCACCCCUGCUCGAGUUGUCCAGCCAGUUUAUACGUCUCCGGGACCUCUACCGUCGCUAUAAAAACAGCCCGGCAUUUAGCCACAGCAAGUCAGGUCCUUCGAACCCGGAAGAUGGUACCAAAAGGGAUCCGAACGAUCCUAGCUCUGCCGGCAUGGGCAACCCCUCGUCAAACAGCGCAAUAAUUCACAUGCCACAUAUGCCUGAGACAAUGGAGGCGACACAAGGUAUAACCCAUUACUUACAUCGUAGUGUAAGUCCUUUGCUGUAUCUGGUCGCGCUGAUGAUCGUUUUCCUUUGCCGAGUUAGGCCGAAACCACAAUUCGAUCUUGAAGAAAUUACCCUUCAAGGUGGAUCGAAGGCCCAACGGGAAACCGUUCUGGCACCAUGUUGUACUUGCGGUGUACAUCAUCAUCUCCACCGUUCUUGGCGGUGUUCUUGCUGUGUAUGCGUGGGCGUCCAUCUAUGCUGACCCCGGUGGACCAAUUACCAUCUCCACUGGCGCGGUUGCAGGCGCCAUCUCCGGUGCACCUAUGUCGCUCGAGGUCUUAUUUAACUACGUCUUCUGCCAAUACAAGUUUGUAUUGCAAGACCCACAACGGUUGUUAGGCCGUCUUACCAGGACUCUGCUCUACAUAGCCGUUGGAAUACCGCUGUUUGUUCUGGUUGUCUUCGGACGACCAAUACUUUUUGCUCACUAUCUCGAAGGCCAGGCAGACAUUAGCAAUACAAAGCCAUCCGCAGCAUCCUCUGUGGCCGCUGUCCCGCUCUUUGUCUCUUCAUAUUGUAUAAU